CGUUGAAUUUCAGGCCAACAGUUAUAUCUAUCAAUUUUUUGUUUGUAAGUGAAACUAUUAGAUAAAAUAUCCCAAAUUAUUGAAAUUAUCGUUUAUUAGCCUUUUUUCAAAUCGACCCUGUCUUGUAUUUGCUUAUCAUUUACUAUGGAGCAAAAACGUUUUGGAGUAAAAAGUUCACUUGUAGAAGAACUGAGAUUAUUUCAGUUAGCUCUUAAACAGAAGCGCAUGAAAAUGCCGUUUGAAACUAAAACCCUCGUUCAGUGUAAUUCCGAAGAGGUGGAAAAAACUGUAAAAGCCUCUAUUAGAACAAUAACAAUAACCCCUUGGAAUCCACCCAUCGCGAAUUUUAAGCUGCCUCGGCAGCAACUGAUUGUAAUGGGGGAAACUGACAUCCUACUUCGGAUCAAUGAUUGUAUUAAUCUUAACAUUACAUUCGCAACAUUGGAAGAAAGGCUGCGUUUUACGCAGGCCUUGGGGGACUUGGAUCCGCAGUCCAGUUCCAGUGACUCCGACGAGAGUGAUUAACAGUGGGAAAUCGAUUUUUAAAUGGUGUAUUUUUAGGACAAUGCUGUGCAAAUGGUAUUACUUUCCAGUAA